AAUCGACAAGUCGCGAAAGAGUUUAGUGCAGGAAAGGGACGAGAUUUCUGCAGCAUAGCAGGGCCUUUAUUUACUGUUAGGCUUCCAUUUGUUGGAGAAACAGCUUUAUCUGUAAUCUAUCUGUUCUACACCUGCUUGAUGAUACUGAGAACGACAACAAGCGCACUUCAGUCCUUCUUGCUACUGAUAAUUUUGCCUGCCGCAUGAUACUUUCAGUAAUCGAGCGAAAGAAAUCAAGUCAAGUGAAAUAAAGAAGUUGUUAUCCUUAUGCUUUACAUAUUCUUUGCAACCUGUUAACUUACUACUGGCGGCGAGUAACCAUAUUGAUUGACUCUCUCGUUUGAAUAUGUAGUCGAUCCGGAAAGGAUAGUUAAAGUAGGAACGAUAAAAAAUUUACCGCCGUAAUUUAUGUGCUACUAUACAUCUGGAUAUACGAAGUUUCACGUUGUUGCAAGACGUUGCCAUACGGCAGUUGAGCCGUAAAAAUGUCGAGUUUUACCUUGAACUACAGCCGCACCGAUUCCAACUUAUGUGCGGUUAAUCGCUGACCCCUAGCUUUUAAGGGUGAAGUCACCGAACAAAGUGGACAGCUUGAGGCUUCAAGUACAACCAAGAAGUAGAGAAUGACUUUGUGCUCGCGUUGCAGCUGCAGUUACAACGAUGAACAUACCAAGGCAACCGUGGAAAGUUGGUAGAACUCGUGCGCAUGGUUCUUGUUUAUGCUAUGUAUAAUGUGUACAUUUCAGUGAUAUGUACUGGUUACAAAAAGAGUUACUUUAUCUAUCAUUUAUCGCGGAAGGAAGUGUUUUUUUUAUAAAAAGAGUAGUAACCACCGUUGUGAAGGGUAAGCCAACUAGAUUAAUUGAACCUGUAAGCUCGUGAGCCUCCCAAAUCAUCUUUCAGUCGUCAAAAUGGUGAACGGGGCAUCGACCCCAGUCACGUCCUUGACUGGUCGCAAGGGAGCACAAAAGGCUAUAUAUUACUUGUCUACUGCAUAACGCUAAAUGGCAAACGACACUAAACGCAUACUAAGGCAGAACUUCCCAAAAGACGUAUGUUAGUAAUCGACCCAGAGAGAGCAAACGAAUCAGGCUUGUUGGCUAAAGUGCUGUUAGGAAACAUGACAAGGCGGGAAUACGUGUAUUCAGAAUCGUAGAACGGCGCGGUCGGCAAAUCAACUGAGUCUAGUGCGAUUACACUGUACCUUGAAGUGCCGAAGUCUUGCCGUAAUGUUGCCAUAGGAAUAUAAGGAUGUUGCUAGGAGCAAUGGUACGCGCGAUACGGGAUAAAUCCCUGUUGCAAGUGCAAGCGGAUGUUCAUACCAGCUCUAGGCCGCCUGUGCAUCCGCGGACAGAUACCCUUGAUUCUUCGCUACUGCCGGCAGAAGGGACUGCUUCAGUACUGCGUACAUACUUUCACCCAUUGCCGACAGAAACUUCGAUUCCAUCCAGAGUCAUAGACAGACCCAGUCAAACAAUUGGAAUACCGCCCCGUGAUACGAGCACCAGUGGCGAAAACCACGCGGAAAAUUCACAGUCCCCACAGGUCGCCCUUUUACAUACGCUACCGCCUCGCGUGGCCACUCCGCUACCACCUAACGAUUGGACAACGGCGCCUUUUGAGCCUUCGUUGAUGCCCGAUAUUCCUGACACAAUGCAGGAAGAAUGGUAUAAGGACAAAGCCCGUAUCGUCGAAGUGGAUCCCGACAUACAGAGCAGCAUUCAGGAAAUUGAGGAUUUGACAAAAGAUCUGCAACUGGAUAUGGAUGACAACGACGGUGCGUUUAGGAUGCUUCGAGACCGAAAUGCCGGCACUCAGCCUACAGGGAAUUUUCGCAGUAAUAAGACCUUUGGCGAUAGACUAUUUAGCACGACAGGAUUUGAACCACGGCGGUAUUCACAAACAACCAGUCGUGAGCGUGUUCCUCCGAUCAUGCUUCAGCGGCGAGCAUCUGUACCUCGAAUCAACGUUUCCCGUGCCACGUGUCGCAAGCCGACGUCUCAACCCCGAAAGACAUUGGCAAAUCUCUUGCCUCCAAGUACAACAUAUGUAUUCAGAGUGGGAGGCAACGGGGUUCAUAUGAAGUCUUCGAAAACGGUCUUAGAAAAGUUAAGAUUAAACAGAGCUCCCAUUUUGCUAAACAAUCUGAUGCGCUCAACAGAAAACUACACGGCUCGUUUCGAUCAAAGCAGAAGACACGGUCGGACAGAUCCUGCCCAAGACGAUCUCGAUAUCGACAAGUUUGUUAGAGCCAACAAUCAACAGGGAUCAGCAGGAAGCAGUGGAUCCCGCUUUUCACUGUUGUCUACCCCAGAAAAUCAAUCGGAAAGUCCUAAUUUAAGAGGUUUUAUGACCGCAGUAACUUCAUCAUCGUUAUCGUCAACCACGAGUAAAUCAUCGGCGAGCAAGCCAGUUAAUAGGGAUUUUGGCCCAGCAUACGAUGAUGCGGACGAGUUAAUUUUGAAAGAUAUUGAGCAAGAAUAUCUAUAAGCAUAUCACUCUGUGUACAUACAUAACUUUCUCACUAAUAGUAUCGAAUAUAUCAUGUAAAUAAAACAAAAAUGUGUCCAUGUAAAAGUUCUGGAUGUUUUUAGUUUUGGAAUAUCACUUGCUGUGCGUUACAUUAGACCUCGACGUCGAAGAAAU